AUGCAGAGAGAUGAAGCAGCAAAGAGUGAGGCUGGCAGUAGGAAGACAUUAGAUGAACGACAAAGACAGUCAAGAAACUCCCUGGAAAGCCUCUACAGCCUCAAAAGUGGACAAAGCUCUUCCAGUGGAGUCACCAGUGGGUCAGACUACUUCAGUAACAGAGGCAGUCUGAGGCUGGAUGAUGAUCUAUUGUUGACAAGACAGUUUUGCGGCAGAGCAAGAGUCCAUACGGAGUAUGUGCCAAGUCCAUAUGACACCGAAUCCCUCAGACUCAAGGUGGGAGAUGUAAUUGACAUCAUUGCUAAGCCCCCCAUGGGAAUAUGGAAGGGCAUCCUGGAUGGCAGAGUAGGAAAUUUCAAGUUCAUCUAUGUGGAUGUCCUAACAGAGCAGAGUUUGGAGACACACAUCCUCGGAGUGAGACACAAAUCAACUGUACGGGAAGCGUUAAAGCGCCUCAGUUUAGAGGAAUAUUCUUUGUUGCUGCAGUCGAGCGGUUACCAAACAGUGGAUGACUUGAUGAGGCUGAAGGAGCGUGACCUGACAGAGUUGAAUGUCACUGAUCCAGAGCAUAAACAGCGUUUGCUGGCUGCUGUUAAUUCCCUGCAGCAACUGUACUCUGAUAGCAAGUUGGAGAAUGAGGUGAGUCGGAGUUCAGAGAUCUCCAGUGGGGACACAAAGGCAGAUGUGAAAAACUGCCCAAGAGACUCCGGCUGCCUCAUGUCAUCUGACAGCCCCGACGACUGCGCUGACCAUCCAGACCCUCGUUUUCCCCUGGAAACACUGUUACAGCUGACAUGACAGUAUCAUGAAAAAAUCCUUUCCUUUUAAUGCUUUACUCAUGGCGUUGCUUUUCAGGUAUGUUGGGAAUCCGCAGUAUUUUUA